GCGAUGAUUCAUCUGUGUAUUAUAUAUCGACUAGACGCUCAUUAGGGCAAUUGCUGCUCUCUGCACCGAGAGACUCCACAUGCAUGCAGUGCGUGUCGCGGCUGUUACGCGCUAAUACUUCACUGCGUAAAUUUAGUACCCCGCCUUGCCUUGUCUAUCCCACCCAGCCCCGGAGGAGCUUCUCUACCACCCCUCCCCACCUCAGAUACGUCGCCCCCAAGCGGAAGCAACAGGUUACGAUGUCGAGCGAUAUGACCACCUUUAAGGGCAAGCCCUUCGACAGGGCUUCGCUUGACUCUGUCAUGAAGCGCCGCCUCUUCUACACACCCGCUUUCGACAUCUACGGCGGUGUCUCUGGCCUCUACGACUAUGGCCCGCCAGGUACCGCCCUCACAAACAACAUCGUCGACGUAUGGCGGAAGCACUUUGUGCUCAAGGAGAACAUGCUGGAGGUCGACACCACCAUGCUGACGCCCCACGAGGUCCUCAAGACGUCCGGCCACGUCGACAAGUUCGCCGAUUGGAUGUGCAAAGACCCCAAGACCGGCGAGAUCUUCCGCGCAGACCACCUGGUUGAGGAGGUGCUGGAGGCCAGGCUGAAGGGCAACAAGGAGGCUCGCGGCGAGAAGGUCGAGGCCGAGGAGGAGGACCCCAAGAAGAAGAAGAAGAAGGUCAAGAACAUCGCUGUUGUCAAGAUGGACGAUGCGCUCGUCACCGAGUACGAGGAGGUGCUGGCUAAGAUCGACAACUACAGCGGCGACGAGCUUGGCGAGCUGAUGAAGAAGUACGACAUCAAGAACCCUGCCACCAACGGCGAGCUUCUGCCCCCAGUCGCCUUCAACCUCAUGUUCCAGACAUCGAUCGGUCCCUCUUCAAACAUGCCUGGCUACCUGCGCCCCGAGACCGCCCAGGGUCAGUUUUUGAACUUCGCGAAGCUCCUCGACUUCAACCAGCAGCAGAUGCCCUUCGCCUCUGCCUCCAUCGGCAAGUCCUUCCGUAACGAGAUCUCCCCCCGAGCUGGUCUUCUACGAGUAAGAGAGUUCUUGAUGGCUGAGAUCGAGCACUUUGUCGACCCCGAGGGCGGCAAGAAGCACCCUCGCUUCGAGGAUGUUGCGCACGUUGAGCUCGAGCUCCUCGACCGCGACGUUCAGCUUUCCGGAAAGACCACGGUCAAGAACACCAAGAUCGGCGAGGCUGUCAAGGCCGGCCUCGUAGACAACGAGACACUUGGAUACUUCCUGGCACGCAUCCAGCAGUUCCUGCUGAAGAUCGGUGUCGAUCCCAAAAAGAUUCGCUUCAGGCAACAUAUGGCCAACGAGAUGGCCCAUUACGCCGCAGACUGCUGGGAUGCUGAGCUGCUUACCUCGUACGGGUGGAUUGAAUGUGUUGGCUGUGCCGACCGUAGCGCGUACGACUUGACAGUUCACAUGAAGAAGACUGGUGCACCGCUCGUCGUUCGUGAGCCCAGAAAGGAGCCUCUCAGGAUCGAGGAGUGGGUGUGCGACAUCGAGAAGAAGAAGUUCGGCCCCCAGUUCAAGAAAGAUGGCAAGACUGUCGAGGCUGCUAUCGAGGCACUUACACAAGACCUUCGCGAGAAACUGUCUCUGGAUCUCGAGAAGGACGGCAAGAUCGUUAUCGAUGUACCCGGUGUUGGUGAUGGCAAGGUCGAGGUGCCCAAGGAGCUGAUCACUAUUGAGAAGCGCACAAGAGUUGAGAACGUUCGGGAGUACACACCCAACGUCAUCGAGCCUUCUUUCGGUAUCGGCCGUAUUGUCUAUGCUCUUUGCGAGCACAUCUACUGGACUCGUGAGCAGGAUGAUGCUCGCGGUGUCUUGUCUUUCCCUCCCACGGUCGCUCCUACAAAGGCGCUCAUCGUUCCUUUGAGCGCUCACAACGACUUAAAGCCGUUCGUACGGACGCUGAGUGACAGGCUACAAGAAGCCGGCGUCUCAACCCGCGUUGACGACUCUGGCGCCUCCAUUGGCAAGCGCUACGCGCGUAACGACGAGCUUGGUACCCCUCUCGGUAUCACCAUCGAUUUCCAGUCCGUCAAGGACAACACAUUUACCCUGCGUGACCGUGACUCGACAGAGCAGGUCCGCGCCGGUCUCGACGAGAUCACCACCGCAAUCACCAAUCUCGUCAACGGUAAGGAGCAAUGGUCAGACGUGGCUGCACGUCUGCCCAAGUUUGAGGGUCAGGAGAUCGACGAGUAAGUUACACGAGUAAAGACGUGGACACAGUAGUGUCAAGUUUCGGACCGAAGUUGAGAGUCAAACGUUGGGGAACACCCCUCAAUCGUUGUAAAAGAUGCAUAUGAGAACGAGUACCAGCGCUCAACUAAGGCAAGCGGGCUUGCCACUGUGCGCUCGCGCUACACAAAUGCAAGCAAAAUAAUUGGCAAAUGCUGUGACAGACAUGUUGAUGUGCCUCAAUACAUUGCUUACUCUCUGUGCUUAUCAAUCUGAGUUCUGGCAUGGGCGCUUGCUUAGCACUUCCUGGCGACCUCCUAAUAACAGAUCGUUCGGUGACCAUCUUCACUUCUUUCGU